AUGUCAUCUGGAAAAGUGGUCACUCCACUAGACUGCGCUGAGGUCCGAUGGUUUCAUGGGGAGACAAACGACCAGGAAACGAAAUGGUUGCCAUUUUCCGGCAGGGAUUCUCUGAAAAUCGAAAUUGUCUAUCGAAAAAGUCACAAUAUCGAACUAGACAAAGCGAUUCAAAGCAUCAAGGACGACGCUUUAACCCACCAUUUAAAAUUUGUGGCCACGUCUUCAUUCCUCGGAAUAACUGCAGAGGAUGAUGAGAAAGUGUACGUGCUCAAUGGACAGUACUCCGUGAAUUUUGAUCAUAUGGAAUUGGAGUCUCUUUAUUGGAAGGAUGACACGAAGCAAAUUCGUCGAGGAACUUGGUUUUUGAAGGGGGUGGAGCCGGUGAAAGGAUCGCUUUCGGACGAGAUUGAGAGGCAUCAUUUGGAGAGGUUUGGAGGAGGGAAGGCAGGGAAAGCUUCCACUAAACUAACCGUCGGCAAUUACGAAAUCACCUGGAAAUCCGCCACCGACGUAUUUCUUGUCAGAUACCUGGACAGCAAUAUUCUAAAUAUUUUACUACCUAAUCCCUCCCAACCAUUGACACGUGGCUAUAAGGAAAGAGCGGAUUGGAAUGACUACUUUGAAAUUUCGCAUCUGGUAUUUGUAACUCAUGGAAUCGGACAUCGGAAGAAGAAGAAUUUGAUACUAGAGAGCACUAAUGAACUUCGCAACCAAUUCGAGUUAACAAUGACUGAAAACUAUGCCAAGGAGAAAACCCGCCCACUGUUCGUGCCAAUCGAAUGGAGAUCUUCUUUCCUCUCUGAUCACGCUCUAGAUGAGAUCAUGGUCGAUGACGAUGGUAAAGUGCGGGAGAUUUUCCAUCAGUACGCUGCAGAUGUCAUGUUUUAUCAAAGCUCGUUUUACAGAACAGAGAUAGUCCGCGCGCUUGUCUCCCAACUCAACCACAAAUAUAAACUCUUCAAAACUAGCAAUCCUCGAUUCACCGGACCUGUCUCCAUCCUUGCUCACUCCCUUGGUUCAAUCAUCUGCUUUGAUAUUCUCACUCAUUACUCUCCAUUGAGUUUCCAUGACAAUUAUAUUCUUCACUCGAUUGAUGAAUUCCUAAAACGGGAGAAUAUCAGUAGUGAGGAGCGGAAAGAAUUGACAAGUAUGAAACAGGAUAGAGAGAAACUAAGGGAUCGAUCAGUUCUGAAUAAUUUGAUUAAAAAAGAUCAACAAUUGGAUUUCGAGGUCAAGAAUUUCUUUGCUGUGGGCUCCCCCAUCGCCCUGUUUAUCAAUUUACGUGGCGAGUUUUCCACGAAUUUCCACAGUAAGACUGCAAAUUUCGAGCGGAUUUUCAACAUUUUUCAUAAGAAGGAUCCGGUGGCUUAUCGGAUCGAACCGUUCUUUGAUAGAAAGUUUAAGUUCGUUGGGUCAUAUCCAUUGAACCAAACCGUCGGAGUGCCCUAUGAACUUGGAAAUAUAUAUCUGAUGUCAAAGUUCAAAGAAAUUUAUGAAAAGAAGAUUGAGCACAAAGAAAAAGAGUUAGAGAGCAAGAAAUACACAAAAGAGUGGAAUGAUCUACUUCUGGAGAAGAUUGAUUUGAAGGAUCUGAAAGAAUGGGAAGGAGUGGAUUUGGAUGACGAACUGGUUAAAUUGAAGUUGAUCGAAAAGUUAGGGGAUUGGACGUUGGCUGGAAAGGCGUUGGGAUCGAAGUUGGGGCUGGCGCAUCGCAUUGAUUUCGAGUAUGAUACCGAAAGCAUUCUGGAACGCUUCACUUCUCACAUCGCCUACUGGGAUAAUCCGAUUUUUUCCGCUUUUCUUGCUAAUGUUAUUUAUGGUAAACCAAAUAAGUAA